CAGAUCAAUAUGGCGGCAUCAUAGCACGUGUAGUGAAAGGAAGAAGUGUAUUGACAUCUCAUCAACUUAGACUUGGGAUAAUUUGAUUAGAAACAUUAAAUACGAUCUAGUCUUAUGUACUUUUAACGACAAGGACUGUCCGGCUGAUUUAUCGAUCGAUAUGUGUCACAUAUGUACAUGCGAGCUCUUAAGUGAAAUACAGAUUUUUAACUAGACUCAAUCUAGAUCUAGAUGUAGAUCUAUGUUAAGUCAGGAUCAACAGGGGGACUAAAGAGCUAUUUCUCUUGAAUAUACCUUGUUCAAAAUUGUUUAAAUUUGAUGAUCCAACCACUUAUCUUUGUAUUCCGGUGUAAAUCAAUCUAAGUCACUACUUGUGUUGAAACAAAUAAUAAGCAAACUGGAAACAGAAGACAACUGAAAAAGAAUGGCCGAUCACACCAACGGAAGUGUGCAGCGUAGAAACAAUGGAGAUGAUCGAGACUUUCAUGACAAUGGCGACACAAGUGAGUCAGUAGUCAAGGACAACAAUUCAACACAUUCUCCUGGUCAAAGUUUGUCAACGCAGCCUGUGAAGAGAUUCGUUAAUCAGACUCUCGUACCAAUCACAUUGUUGUUGAUAAUGCCCAAUUUCGUCAUCGUAAUAUGGUACACCAUCGUUCACUGUCAUGGUAGCUACUUCAAGAUGGUGUCCGUCAUGUUUGAAAAGUCUGUAUUUUCUGGUCUGGUUCAUAUUUGGAGCCUUACCAGAAGCCCGUCUCCAGUAAUCAUUUGGUCUCUAGUCUUGUAUUGUGCCUACGCAUUGGCCAUGAUGAAAUUAUUACCUGGGAAAACAGUCUAUGGACCAAUGACGCCUAAAGGAAAUAUUCCUGAAUAUAAGGACAACGGCUUUCUAUUUUUUGUACUGACAAUAGGAAUGUUUUGGGCAUUGGUUCUGCUCUUGCGUCCUUUCGGGAUCUCGCCUUCGAUUUAUUACGACAAAAUGGACGAAAUAUGUGUUACCUUAAAUAUAUUUAGUCUUGUGUUCUGUGCCUUUCUCUACCUCAAAGGAAAGCUGGCCCCGUCGUCUACUGACUCUGGAUCAUCAGGGAACAUAAUAUUUGAUUACUACUGGGGCAUGGAGCUGUAUCCUCGAAUAUUUGGUUUUGACGUGAAAGUUUUUACCAACUGUAGAUUUGGUUUGAUGAUUUGGGCUUUGAUGGUUUGUAUCCACGCCGUGAAAAGUUAUGAGCUUCAUGGGUUUGUUGACUCAAUGUUUGUUUCGGCAUUGCUGCAGAUUGUUUACCUGGCCAAGUUCUACUGGUGGGAAGCUGGAUAUCUCUCUACCAUAGACAUUAUGGUGGACAGGGCUGGGUUUUAUAUAUGCUGGGGUUGUUUAGCAUUAGUUCCUGUUCUGUACACCUCGGUGACCUGCUAUCUUGUUACUCACCCUGUCCGCCUGGGCCUAGCUGUUAGUGCCGCUAUGAUAUUUAUUGGACUUCUGAGCAUCUACACAAACUACGAGGCCGACGCACAGAAACAAAAAGUCCGCAAGACCAAUGGCGAUUGUUUGAUUUGGGGAAAGACACCAGACAUCAUUCGCGCUAAAUACCAGCUGGAGAAUGGUGGGAUCAAAGACAGCAUCCUCUUGGCUUCAGGCUGGUGGGGGAUGUCAAGACACUUUCACUACAUUCCUGAAAUAAUGUUGGCCUUGAUGUGGACACUUCCGGCCCUGUUUGAGAACAUGAUGCCCUACUCCUAUGUUAUUAUUCUCACCAUUAUUUUAACACAUCGAAGUUCUCGUGACGAGGAGAAAUGCAGCAGCAAAUAUGGACACUUCUGGCGCCAGUAUUGUAACAAAGUACCUUACAGAAUCAUUCCAAAUUUGUUUUAAAUUUACUGCAUUUCAUACAUUGCAAAUUCUUAUUGCUGCUACAAUUUUGCUACAACUUUGUUUGAUUUAUUUUGCUUUUUAAAAGUAUGCUUUAAAUUAUUGUUCAUAAAUAUAAAUAAAAAUGUGCAUGAAUUUGGUAAAGUAAUUGAAUGACGGGGGAAGAACCUACAGUCAACGUUCGUAGUGGAAAAAAACAAGCAAAACAAAAUCUGCUAGAGCCUCAAGUUUAUUCUGCGACAUAUUGAGCUAUCUAUUAGCUUUAGGUUAUAGUCUCAGAGAUAUUCUUUAACAUUUUUCUAGUCACAUGACACUAUUCGCUGACCAUCUCAUGCUUUAAGUUCUCAGCCAGUCAACUAUUAGUUUGUUACAAAACAUAAUUGCUCGAACGAAAGUUGCAAUAUUUGGCCUACUCUAGAACUAUUUUGUUUACUUUUUGUAUUCCUACAACUGUACAUGUAAAUAAGUUGACAUGUUCAUUGGUUCAUCUAACAAACGUGUAUCUCAUCACAAAGGUACAUCACUAGGGCAAUUUUUGUUUCAAUAGAAGCUGUUCAAUAGAAAUUUAAAAAAAUGAAUAAAUUUAAUUUAACGAUU